AUGAAGAUGAAUAAAGAUGAUGAAAGUUUGAAUUCAUCUGAAUUUCAAAAUGAAAAGGCAAAAAAAGACCGAGCAAUAAAAGAAUCAAGGAAAAGAAAGUUGGAGAAUUUUGGAAAAACAUGUCAGUAUGCUAUAGCAAGUAAGAUAAACUAUAGUUUUAUUUAAAAACAUGAUUUAAUAUGAUAAUGAAUAAAAUUAGAUAAAUUAGAUUUAAAAAAAGAUGUCCUAAGAUAAUGGGGACGGGUGUAGCCAUUUUUGUAGAUGGAAAGUGGGGAAGGUAGGAUACAUAUGAGAAUUCAAUGUAUAUCUGCGGAGUUCAGUUGAUAGUGAUGCUUUGUCAACAAUAUAUAUAUAAAUAUAUAUCAUAUUAUAACCUAUUAAGUAGAUAUUAUAUAUUUUCUUUAAUAAUAUUUGUUUAAUAAUAAUCCUUUUUUCCAGUUUUUUCUUUAUUUAUCCCGGUUUUUCAAAUUUGCUGGGAAAACUCUUGGAAAAACCGAAAAAUUACCUCCCUAAAGUACCUUUCCAGUCAGAUAUUCCUUUCACAAAAAAAUCUACUAUUGUAAAUCGAAGCAAAAUUGCUGAUGGAAAAGUUGUCCACAGAAAAAAAAAUCAUAAUAUUUUACUAAUAUAUUUCGUACAAUUUCACGAUCAUUAUUUUAUGAAAACACGGAUGACGUUUUCUAUCAGAAAAAAUGAUUUAAUCGAAAAAUCACAAGAUACCUUUUUUGUUGCGAUUUUGAUUUAGUUUUUACUUUAUUGUCGCCAAAACUUUAAAGCUUUUAAGGAAUUUAAAUUUUUGGAAUUUUAUGCAGUGAUUUGGUUUUAAAUUCAUGUAGAGUCUUGAAACUUCGUAAUAAUACUUAUAUUAGACUUUCCUAGACGUGGUAAAACUUUCAAAAUCAUCAGACAACUUUUUUUCCUUUUUUAAAUUUUUUUUACAAUAGUACUUUAUAUUUUUUUAUACUGUAGACUAUUUUUAUCCUAGAAAACUUGCUCUAAUGUAUAAGUCCAGCACCUUUUCUGAAAAUAAAUUUUAUCUACUUGGUAAAUUUAUAAGUCAUUUUUUUAAUUUUCUAAAUGGUAUUUAAAAUGAUUAACUGGGAUAAAAAAAACUUCUUUUUCACGAUUUCGUUAUUUUAAAUAAGUAUCUACCACGGUUUUCAGUACAAAUAUGGCUCCAAUUGAAAAGCGACAAGAGACCAUUUUUGUUGAGUUUUUUUUUUUUAAUAAACGUUUUGAAAUCAAAUUUAAACGAAAAUCGCAAAAAAAUUUACGGAAUUUCAAAUUAUGUAAUAUCGAACUGCACUCUAAAUUGUCUUUCGUCAGCAAUGGGCUGAAAAAAAAGAUGUAAUAGGUUUAAGUUGGCUGCUCCGUCUAGGAUGUACCUAUAUACUUAUAUGAAAUAGUACAAACUGUACCCCAUAUGCAUUUUGUUAAGUACCACCCUAAAACAGGACAAACUGUCCGCGUUUUUCAUUUUUUUUUAUGUGACCAUACAAUGUACUAAGUGAAAAUAUAAUAGGCAAUUAUAUUUUGUUUAAGUAACAAAUCACCUAAAUAUCAUAAACAAUUAAAGUUAUUUAAUUUAUUAUCAUCAUCAUCAUCAAUUUAGUAUAAAUAUAAUUAAUGAUUAUAGUAUAACCAUUAGUUAGAUAUAAUCGUUAUAUACAGUGGUGUACGUAGGAUUUUUCAAUGGAGGACCUUGAGAAUUGAUAAUAAAUCAGUUGUUUUGUCACAAGUUUUAAUAAUAAAGUAGGUGUAUUCUCAGUUUUGAUUGAUAAAAAAACAUAAAAUAUAGGUACACAAAAAAUGUUUAAAAAAAUGACGGACAUACUUCGCACGUGGCCACUGUUAUAGAGAGGAAGUUGAGAAGGUAGGAUUUAAACUAGAAUUUAAUGUAUACCUGUAAGCAAUGAUAAGCGAUUGCUACCGAAAAUUUCAAAAAAUAACCUCUCUAAAGUACUUCCCAGAGAACAUUUCCUUUCAGAAAAGAUGCUUUACUUGAUUAUCGGAGUAAGAUUUCUGGUUGUGAAAGUGUUCACAUAAAAAACAGAAUUUAAAAAAAAAAAACAUCUUUGUUAAACUAAUACAUUUUUCGCUAAUCUCAGAAUCUAAAAUAUAAUAUUUAAGUAACUAUAAAAAUCUUGGGUAGUGAAACACAAUUUUUAAGCUAGCAUAGGAUUAAAAAAGCCAGAGGUCAACCAAAAUUAGAAUUUUAUGAAUUGUGGAUUGCAUACUUAUCUACCGCUUUUUUUUCUUCCAACUAAAAGUAGAAAAAAAUCUUUUUUCUGCCAUAAUGAAUAACUAAAUAGUUAUUUUGUGUGCAAAACUAUGAGGUACGUUUUAUAUGAAAACAAUGACAAAAAACCUACACAAAAUAUUAUUACUUAAAUACUCAAGUGAAAUAAGUGAAAACAAAAUGAUCUACAUACCUUCCUAAUUGUUUUUCACUAACUAAAUAGGUUAUAUUAGUAUUAUCUACAACAUCCGUGGGCUAACUCAAAGACGCGUUAAAUUUUGUUAACAUCAGUUCAGUAAGUUUAUCAUUGCAAUUUACAAUCAUAGAUAUUAUCUAAGGUUGUGUGGAAGCCCGCAUAUCCACGGUAAAACCAAACCACCAAAGUUGUAAUAAUAACAAAAUCAUUGUUUAUUACGAGUGUCACCACAGUUAAAAAAAAUAGUAAAAAAUAAUAACCGUAUAAAUCUAAUAAAAUCUUUUUUUAUGAUAAUAUACCAGUAUAAUAAGGUUAUUAAUAUACAGUGAUGUAAUUAAAUUACUUACGAAAGAAAAUAGCGUAUUUUAUGAAAAAAAAAUCCUUAUUUACUAUUUAUUUUUUCAUUUGAAACUACUGGUUAUAUAUACCUGAUUAAAAACCUAAAAAUUGUGCCCUAAAACAAGUUGUAUGUGUACAUAAUCCUUAAAAUACAUUAAAUUUGUCAAUAGAUAUCUAAAUAAAUUCGUAUACCUAUUGUUUUUAAUGAUUACUUAUAGUAAUUAAAUAUUAUUUAUGUUAAGUAUUUACAGAUGAAAAAGAAAUAAAAUGGUUAAAAGAAUUUUUAAAUUAUAUUAUUUAUACUACCAAUGUGGAUAAUCAACUUUUUUCACAAGGACUAAAAAUGUAUCGUAUAGUCGAUACAUUUAUUAAUAAUGAAGGUAAAAUAACCAUUUAGUAUUAUUUUAAAUAUUAAUAUUAUAAUAUACAAAUGUCUAACAGUAUAAAAUUGUUUAGAGUAAAAAGUAAUUAGAUAUUCCUAGUUAUAUAAGUAACUUUGUUGAUAAUUGUAUACAUUUAAUCAUAGGGCGUAGGAAAUUAUAAUAUUUAUCAAGCAAUGAUAAAAUUUUCUAUUCAAAUAAGGAAUUUUUAUAAUUUCCUAAAUUGUCGUCAUUUACAUAUACAGAGUUAUCCUUGACCCUCAUUAUCUCGACAAAUUUUUUAUAAUUUUUUUUCCAAAAUUUAUGAUUUAAGUAUAGAUCUAAUAUGUUACACUAUCGUUAUUUUUGAUCACCCUUAAUUUGUUUUUAAAUAGUAGACUACAUCAAAAAUUUCGUAAAUAGAUAAAUUUUUAGUUCAAAUAUAUUUUGGUGUUAAAAUUUUUAUUUCCCGCGAUAUACCACAUUUAAGUUUGUGUAGUUGAACAUCAUUUUUUAAAAUUGUGGCACUUUAAUAGUGUUUUUUUAUAUAGGAAGUUUAUUAUUUGAAAAUGAAAUGUAGGUACCAGUUUGACCCUAAAAAUUAAACAAACAAAAUAUGGCAAUGCUAAUGUAAUAGUUUAAAGCCUAUUUCACAAGUUGUCAAAAAAAAAAAAUUCUUAAGAAAGUAAAUACUUUUCGAGUUAAUGAGUGUCUUAUUGAAUAUUAUCCAUAAUUUAUAGUAAAGUUAUUAAAUGUUUAUAUUUUUCAAUAAUCAUAAUCAUUAUCAGUGGGAUUUUUAAAUAUUUAAUCUAAUAUAUAACCUACGUAAUACAAUUUUAAAUUUGUAUGAAUACAAACAUUUGUAAUUAUUAUCAAUUAACAUCCUUAUACAAUUUUUAAAAAGACAUAUUACACGUUGAAAGCGAGGAAAAUAAAGGUAAGUAUUCAAUAAUAUUGAAAUGAAUGUAUAUAUUUAUAUUGCAUUUAUUAAUAAUAAUAUUAAAUGGCACCUACUAAUAAUCCAUUAAGGGAAAGAGAAAAACAGUGAGAGUGCUUACACUUAUAUAGAAAAGAAAUAUGCAAGUUUUUCUGCUUAAUACAAAUUAAUAUCAAUAUCUUUUCUUUUUUGUUUACGUUUACUUUGAUUUUUGAUAAUUUUCAAAUAAUUAUAAUAUAAUUAUCAGUACACUUUUCCGACAUUCAAUUGCCCGACAUUAUUAACCUGAUAAUAUAUUUUUCCGACAUUACAUUUGCUCAACAAUACAAUUUACAAAUUUGUUACUGUACCUACGUAAUAUUAAUGCACAAUAAUUUAAGAUGACCAAAAAAAAAAAAAAAUUUUAUCACCAGAAAUAUCGUUCUGUGUGAAAAAAUCCUAAGUAUGAUAAAUAAACUAUAUAAAGUAAUAAAGUAAACAGAAAAAAUGUUAUUGCGUUGUCGGUCACGAGCUAAACUGCUAUUUGUGUUAAGGUUUUCAUUCCCAAAUAAAUCGAUAGACUAUAUAGACAGAUAAUCGAAUUGUAUAAAAUGUACCUAUACAAUUAAUUAUUUAAUAAUUGUAGGCUUUUAACGCAACGUUCAGUACAUUUGAUAGUUCAGUGCAGUAGGGAAUUUAAGUUUUACUUUAAUACAAUUGCAUAAUUUUCUAUGAGCAAUAAUCUGAGUUGUUAACAAUCGUUUUGACAACAGUAAAGUAUUACUUUAAAAAUUACGAAUAAUGGUAUUGUGUAUGUAUUUUGUACAUAAACAAUACAUUACCCUAUGUAUUUUUAGUAUGUUUAAAUAAUUAUAUUAUAAGUAUAGUACCUGUUAUAGCUAUGGAAAAUGUUUUUAUCAAGUACAUUUUUCAUCGUCUUCACUCAAAAUCUAAAAAGGUUAAAACAGGAAAAUGUCUAAAAGCCUACAAAUAAGGUAAACAUUUAAUUUUUCAUUGUCUGAUUUAAAUCUGACAUCGUAGUCUCAUGCUGAUAAUUUUUAAUUUUCUUUGAAAAAUUGAAUUAAUAUCUUGGUUCAUAUUUACUCGUACACAAAGGUCGAAAACUACAACUACUGAUUUAAAAUAUAUUUUCACUUUGUCAAAAUACAGAUUUGUGUUAUUUUAUUUUACUACGGUUCUUUAUAUAAUAUCAAAUUUGUUUGAAAUUUUAAUUGGGCUCUUUUAAUAUAAUUUUUGUAGAACUUGUUAAAACCAAACGUGUUGUCAAUAUAUUAUUUUUUUUAAUUCAUAUCAAAAUAUAAUUUAUUUAUAACAUUAAAAUAAUACAUACAGUUUAGUGCCUAAAAUAUUGUGUGACUUUUUCAGAUCAUAAUAAUGAUGACGAUUGUAAUGAAUAUUAUCAAGGUUAUAUAUGCAUUUUAUUCGUAUUAAUUUUUUUUUUUUUAUAUCAUAUUAUAAUACGAAAUUUGUUUUAUUGUGGACAUUUUAGCAAUUCAAUAAUGCACUCGUAUUAAAUAUAUAAUAUCUAUAUUAUUUACAAGGUGCCUCCAUCUUAUUCUUUUUCCUACGCUAAAACGAGUAUCUCUGUUAGUAUUCACAUUUUUUCAAAUUUUUUAUCUCGCUAUAUAAUUAGAGAACACUAAUUUUUAUUGAUAUCCUUUAAUCAUUAGAAAAAAAUUACUUUUUAUUUAAUCACUUUUCAACAUUUUCAAAAUAAUCAAUUUCUAAAAAAUACAUAAUUCUAAAAUUAAAAAUAAUUAAUUUCUAACUGCAUGUGUCUCCUGAUACAAAAUCUGAUUGCAAAAUUUAAAAAAAAAAUUGGAUAUUAACAAAGAUAUUAGUUUCAGGGUAUACAACAGGCGUAUAGAACAUCUUUUAUAUAUGUAUGACAACACAUAUUAUGUAUGUAUUUAUGUAUGUAUGUAUGUAUGUAUGUAUGUAUGCACUAAACUAGUAUAGGUACGUGAAUUUUAUCCAAAAACACUUGGAGGAGAUUUAAGUACACUCAGAUUCCGGUAUACAUCUGGAAAGCAAUUAAUAUACUCCUAUUUCCUUUAUAUAGAUGCUUUAAAUUACUUCGUUACAUUUAAAAGUAAGUAUAAGAAAAUAGCUAAUACUGGGGAAAGGUUUGCGAUUUUUGUAGAUGGGAAAUUGGGAAGAUAGUAUACAUAAAGUUAUAUUUUUAUUUAUAAGCAACGAUAAACCAUUGUUAAUAUAAAAACGAUUCGGAGCGAAGUUGGGUUAUAGAUGUCUUGAAAAGCUGUAAUAUUUAUGAACUUUGUCAAAAUAUGAUUGACCACUAAGUACGACGUAAAAUAAAUCCCCUGUUGAAUUUUCAAGCAUUUCUGUUUUGUCUAACAAUUUUAUAAACAAAGUACCUACCAAAUAAUAAUUACGUAAAAAAACUCAUAAAACUAAAAUGUCUAUUAUUUAUUAAUAUAAGUUAUAAGUUAUAAUUUAUAACUCAUAAGUUAUCGAUUAUUUAACACAAAAAAUCUAAUUUUGUCGACUCAUCGAAAGAGAAUCAAAUCGAUUUAUUUCUCAGACGUAUCCGACUAGUCGGUAUGCCGGAAACAAAUCAGAUAAAUAUAGCUACUACCGAUAAUUUACACGGCUUUGCAUUUCUUCCGACUAGUAUGAUUGUCAGAUCGAAUCUAAUGUAGUCGUAGCCGAAAGCACCACCUAAAUACAAUUUCCUUUCUGAAAAAAUGCUACACUUGUUAUAACAGAGUAAGAUUUCUUUUCGAAAAAUUGUUUACGGACACAAAAAAAUCACCAUAUUAAAGUUUCGCAUCGUAGUUAAAAACCAAUCGAUCUCUUUCUACGUUCUGAGUCUAAUAUAUAUAUAUCGCUCAUAACCCAACUUAUACUGAAAUUUGGUUGUACAUUUAUACCUAUAACGAUCAUUUUGUGCGUUCCGGAAAACAAACUCAUGUUAAUAUUACCUAGUAAGAAGUAUAUACCAAAUUAGUUUUUUAUAUAAUUAACAUAAAACUUAUAAUGUCUGUCUUCUGUAUCAAUAUCAAUAAAAAGCUGAUAUUGCCAUAUAGCAGACGAAUGUAAAAAUACUUUCAUAGAUGAAAGCUGGGAAGUUAGGAUAAAUAAAUAAAUAAAAUGUAUAUCUACAACGGUAAUCCAUGAUACUUUCAGCAUAACUGUAGUUAAAGAGCUUCUAGGUAUACUGAGAUUGAGUGGACAGUAAUUUAAUGUGUGCUGAUUGAUUGACUUGAUUAAUCGAUUGACUGUAUGGUAUUGUACAUUGUCACAUUGAGUUAUUACAUAGUUCUGUGGUAUACUAUAUUAAUAAUUAAUAUCUAGUAUCAUUAAUAUUUCACAGUUUCCCAACAAAAUAAAUCACAUUUUCAUAAAAAUAUAAAUGUUACCACAAUCAUAUAGGUAAUACCUAUUAUUCGGGUAAUACAUCAUGUUAUAAACUUAUAAUAUACUCGUAUGGUAGUAUAAUAAGUAUAAAAAGCUGCCCUAGGAUAAUAGAAACGUGUGCAGCCACUGUUAUAGGUAAUUUAAUGUACACAUGUAAGAAACGAUAAACCAUCAUUAAUGAAAAAAAAAUUCCAAGCAGAAUUCAGUUAUAGUGAUGCUUUAUCAACAAUAUAUAUAUAUAUAUAUAUAUAUAUCAUAUUAUAGUAAAAAAUAAUUAAAUAGGCAAUAUAUAUAUUCUUUCAUAAUAUUUGUUUAUUGUCCGUUGUACCGAUUUUUCGUUUUUUCUAAGUUUUUUCCGGUUUUUCAUAUUUACUGGGAAAAUUCUUAGAAAAAUUGAAAAAUUACCUUCUUAAAGUACCUCCCCAGUCAGAUUUUCUUUUAGAAAAAAUACUAUGAUUAAAAAUCGAAUCAAAAUUUCUAAUAGAAUAGUUGUGUGUAGAUUAAAAAAAAAAAAUAUCUUCUUAAAAUCAUAAGCAUCUUCGCUCCACUUAGAAUCUAAAUAAUUUUGUCCAUGUACAAUAGAGAUUAAACCAAUAUAGUAAUAAGCUGAGUUAUAAGUUUAAGACCAAUAAAUAAUCAUAUCAUAUUUUGUAUUUAAAAUUCAUUCUGAAAUAUUUGGUUCUAGAACACAUUACCGUAUAAACUUUUAUAGUAAACUGAAACUUUAAAAAAAAAAUUGAUAAUAACACUAUUUUCUUAAAAAUUAUUUAAUUAUCUAUGUAAAAUCAAAUUUGGUGUAAGUUUUUUCCAUACUUUAACUAUAUUGAAAUUCAAUUUAUUACAUACAAUGAUUUAGAAAAAUUACAUUUUUUUUAAAAAACUUGAGUAAAUAGUUAACACAAUAAAUUGUCUUAAUUUUGAAAUCAAAACGCAAAACUUAUGACUCUCACGGAUUAUUUUUAUUCCAUACUACAGUUGAUGAGGUAUGAACCCAAUAUAGAUUUAUCACAAUCACACUAAUAUUUUUUAUUUAUAUAUCACAGUAUGUUAGUAGAUUUAUAAAAAAAUAAAAUGUUCAUACUAUUUUUUUUAUAGAUAUCUUAAAUGAUGGUUCGUAUAAAACUACAUUACAAUUUUACAUAAUUAUUUAUUUUUUAGUUGCUAAUUACUACUAACCAAAAAAUGACUAGAAAAUGUACUGGGAAGAAAUAUGUUCAUAGACUCUGCUUAUGAAACUGCAUUGUUUACAACAGAUAAAGAAAUUGAAUUGAUCAAUAUUAACAAUGACCGUGGUUAGCUACAGCACUCUAAAUUAGUUGAAGAUCGUGGAAAAGAGUAAAAGUUAAAAAAAUAUCAAAAUUAAUAUAGAUGUCUCUAGUUUUCUACAUUUAGUUUGAUAGUUCUAUUAUUUCUAAUCAUUCAUAUGCUUGGUCAAAUGCUAUGUUUGGGUAAAGUGAUUAUAUGAUUGGUGAUUACUCAGAGUAUCACAUAACUGAGUACCAAUUGUAAUAAAAAAUAAUUAAAAUAUUGUAUAAAUACAACUACAUACUGUUUUAAUCGUAAAACACUUAAAGAUAAAUUAUUAAUUAAAAUUUGAACAUUAAUUUAUUGAUCACUAUUUAAUCACGGAACUGUACAACUAGGCCUAAGAAAUGCUUUGUAAGCCUUGAAAAGAGUUUGAAAUAAAAUUAUUUAUAUACAAUAUAUAUGAUUCAAUUUAUGAAAAAAAACUUAAUAUUAAUUUUCAAUACUUAAGACUAUUACCAAUAGUUCUCAUAAUAAUUCAUCUAAAUCAUACUUUGAAUUAUCAACUAGUUUAUCAGUUAUUUAUUAUUUUUACAGAAUUUUAAGUAACAAUUUAUAAUACUGGUUUUCAUUUUCCUUUUCUUAAUCAUAAUUCUAUGCCAAUGGUUUGUGAUUGAAAUUAAAUCCACUGUAAAUUUCAUAUAAUUAUAAUAUUCUAGAUUCUUUGAGGAGUAUUGCCAUUCGUUUACUUAUUGGACACUUCAAAAAUAUAUUAUGUAUAUAUUCUGAAUUUAUUUCAAGUAUUCAAAAAUUACAUAGUGAGUACCUAAGCUUAUUUAUAAUUUUAAGAUAUUUAAGGUUUUUAAGGUAUUUCAAUAUUUUUAAAAGUAAUAUAAUUAAAAACCAUAUAAGAUACAUGCGAAGAUAUUAGGAUCAUUGUGAUAUCUUGGAAAGUAUUAACUUUUUUUAUAAUUUUUUUUUUUACAGUAUAAGAACCAAGUGGUUUGAAAAUUUUACAUAACCUUUAUAUUUCAUUAUCCUUUAUUUUGGUAGGUAAAACAACUAUCUUUUUUUGAUUUCCAAACGGCAACUUACACUAAAAAUUCUAUAUAUAUUAAACAGAGUAUUAGUAUAAAUUUUCUUUUUGAAUUUUGAUGUUGAAAUUUGUGAUUUUUGUAAACCCGUUUACGAGAUAUUACACUAAUUUUAAGUUUGGAUAGGAGAACAGUAGUGAAUAACUAUUCAAACAUUGUACGCUGUGCAACCAAACAAAUGAUGCUCCAUGAAAAAAGUUAAUAGGUACUUUCCAAAAUACCGCAAUAGUUAUAUUGUUAUGAAACCCUAUUUUAUGAGACAGUGUUUCGAAAUCAUUUGUUAGAAUUGAAAAUAUUGUGUAACUUAUAUUUUAUAUUUUGUAAAUUAAAAAAGGGAAUUUGUUGAGUUAACUCUUUUUGCCUGAACGACCGAAACUCGUAUGUCAUCAAUAAGACGAGGUUCAGCAACAGUUCAACGUUAGAAACAGAACCUCUCGAGCAUUCAGAACUAAUGUUCAUAUAAUUAAAUUGUAGUUGUCUAAACCGAAUAAAGUUACUUUUUGUAUAAGUAACCAAACCUCUUACUUUUUAUUUUUUGUGCGCUCUUUUUGUAAGAAUUCAUUACAAUAUAUCUUCUUAGGUGUAUUACAAUAUUAAUUAUGAACAUUCUAAGGAAAACAUUUAUUUUAAAAAUAUCUGCAAUUAAUAAAACCUCGAUUUAAUUAAGAUUUGGUAUUAAUAGAUAUAAUAAAUAUUCAAUUAAUUCUUAUAUACAAUUUUUUCAGGUCUUAAAGAUACGGGUUAUAAUAAUAUCUCUCAAUAUGUAUCUAGUAUUUUUCAAGUAUUUAUACAAAUUACUACAUUUACUGAGAUGUUUCUCCCAUAUUCGGAUGUACUGAAAAGUAACUUACAUUGUUUUAUUUUUUUAAUGGUUUAUUUAAAUUUUACUGAGUUUUAUUUUAGAUUUUCAGUGUAUUUUAAAUGUUAGAUUACAAAAAAAAAACAGUGAGGAAGACUAUAGAGUUGAAUUUUCACCCGCCAAAUUUUAAAUGUUAAAAAAUUAAAUUUGUUUAUAUAAAUAAUUGCUUUAAAAUAGUUAUAGUUGUCAGAGUUUCAUUUGGUACAUUAAUCAGUAGUGUUAUUUAAAACCUAAUAUUUUCUGUAUAAAUAUGAGAUUUGACCAUAUAAAUGGUGGAGAAAGGACUGAAAGUAUAAACACCCAAAAAGUAUAUUCUUGAUACACACACCAUAAAAAUACAAAUAAUCAUUUCUUUGACUUUAUUAAGCCAAAAAAAAAAAAACAGUCUCAAUACCAAUACACACAUGCUAUACCACUAGUAAAAAGGUACAGUUAAACUCGGUGAAGAUCAGAAAGGCCAAGAACCAGCGAUAAUUCAUAACGUCAGACCAAUGGAUUAUCAAUCAUGUCUUGAAAAUAAGGGCGUAACGAGCAACCAAGCCGGCAAGCGCAUCUAUCACGGUGCAGCCUUUCCUAUUCUGAAGUUACCAUCAUAAGGGAGUGCUGUUAACAAAAGCCAACUCACUAUCUCUAAGAUUGUAUUAUUGUAUUUUUUAUUAAUUCACUAUGAACCUGCCCCGCGAAGGGGAAAAUACAAUUAACUAAUUAAUUGUAGAUAAAAUAAUAGACGAUGGCAGCAGUAGGUGUAAUAAUUUGAAAACAGAUUUUGCACUGCUUUUAACUACUUUUUACUAAAAAUAAUAUUAUAAGAAUAAUAUAUUAAAUCAUAAUAAUUUUUAAGAUAAUAUAAUUUCAACUAUACGUUUUUAAUUUGUUAUUAAUAAUCAAAUAAAUGCAAUUUCAGAAGACAUUGUUUCACAGUUUAUGGUUAAAUUUGCACAAUAUCACUUGACAUUCCGAUCUUACUUUGAAAAUUUCUUUAACGGUAAGUAUGCAUAAUAUAUAUUAACUAUCAAAAUAAUAGAAAUAUUUUAAUUAGUAGACACUGGACAGAUAAGCAAAACUGUAGCAAUCACAAAUUCAGGACUGGUGGCCAAUACGAAAUUUACAUAACUACAAAUUAUAUGAAUUAUGAUUUAUGACAAAUGAAAUGCAUAGUCCGUCAUUGAAGACUCAUAAAUAGUGUACUGUUAUGAAAAUAAAAAGAUACAUUUAUUCGUUCACAAUCUACGAGCACUAUAUGCCAUUAUAUCUUAAUUUGGGCCUGAAUAAACGAGAAUACACAAUGGUCAUCAUACACUAUAUUAUUUAUUAUAAUAUCGGUUGGUCAAUAGUCAGUGACUUGAUAUUUUUGAUUGGUAUAAUCUAUGGUAAUCUCAAUGUUAUCAUAAUAUACCUAUACAUGUAUCAUUAUCAUUCUAUUCCCCCCUUUAUUUUUUCAGUUAUAUAUUCACUUUCUUCUUUUGUGUGCGUCUACGCAGUUAUUGAAAAUUAUGUUUUAUUUGUUUACAUAUUAAAUAUUAAGAUCUUUUCUACAUUGUCAAGAAAGAGGUAUAAUAUUUACUUGCUAUUUAAAUAGUUACGCAAUUUAUUAUCGAUGGUAUUGAGUUGAAUGCAAUAUUAUUUAGUGAUACUGCUUGUGAAUGAUGUAGUCGCAGUGCUAAUAACAUAAUAAUUAUACAUAAUUUAUAAAUUUAUAUAUUUACACCGAAUCGUAAAUAAUGCAAUAAAUAUGAAUUAUAAAUUAGAUACAUAUAAAUAUAAUAUUUCUCGACAAUCAUAAUAUUUAAGUUCUAAAAAUAUAAUUAAAUUAUGUGUCGCACAAAAUAUUAUGUACGAGUACAACACAGGUACAGACCCUAUCAUGCAAUUUUCAAAAUUGUAUUCGCUUAACCUUAUUAAAAAUUUGGUAGCAAAUGAAGUAUUCAUCAAUCAUAUAAUAACCAUACCGAUAUAACAAUAGGUAAUAUAUUUACGAAUACUUAGUUUCAAAACAUUUAUUUCAACAAAUUACAAAAUGUCAUAAAAAUCGAUAUUGCAUUUAACUUUAAACUUACUGUAAUGCGUACAUUCUUUUUUAUUACAGAAUUAGAUGGAGGAGAUACAAGUCGGAUUAAAGGUAUUAUAAGAACAUACAUGAGUAGUAGAGCUUCAUUAGAAUCGCAUUUUCCUCCAGCCAACUAGUUGCCACUAUAAUAUUUCAUUAAAAUUCUGAGUGGAACGAGGAAUGUAUUUAUUUUACUAUAUAGUGUGCUUAUUUAUAUGGGAUGACCGAUACUACUUUUUAUCGAUAGCAGAUCCCGAAAAAUAUUGGAAAUAAUAGUUAAUUUCGCUUUUUUUCUGUUUUUUUUUUUGGUUUAACAAAAUUAUUAAGAAAACUACAGAGAAAACAAAAAAAACAACUUUCUUACCUGCCAACUAGAUCUCAACUUUAGCAAAAAAGAUCUUUUGACAUUUUUUUAUUGGAGCAAGAUUUCUGUUAAAAAAGUUCAAGUUGAUUAGACAGAAAAAAAAUCACACAUCAUAACAGUAAAACCAAUACAUUUUUCGUUCCAUUCAGAAACAUCAAUAUAUACGUUAUUUAUAUCAAACUAACAUUUAAUUAGUAACUAAUAAAAUAAUUUUUUUUAUUAGUUUUUGAAUUGAUUAAAAACAAUCUAAGAGGUAAUUUUGUUUAAGUUAUUUUUUUUUGAACUGGAUAAUAAAUAACCAAUUAAUAAUUUUAUAAUUUUAUUUACCAACAUACUAAUUUUAAUUUGUUUUUAUUUUAAUAUUAUAUACUAACUUUCUUUUAAAUUUUAACAUUGAUUGAUUUUAUAACAGAAAACUGUUUGAUUUUUAGCGUUUGAAAGUAGAGAGGAUUUAUACUGUAUGUAUUAGUGACACAUUAAUUAGUUAUGUUUAAUAUAUUAAAAUUAUAUAGUUAGUUUAAAAUUAUUAUAAUUCAACUAAACCUCAGUUAGACAGUGUGACAAUACUGCCUUAGAUCUAACCUAACCUAACCUGACAAUUUAGGAACCAGAAUCGGAAUUAGAACAUUAACUGUAACUUUAACUUAUUAUUUAGUAGCAGACAUGUGACGAUCUGAUUAACGUAGGAUUUUAUUUUCCAGACCAUGCCUAAGAAUACAUAUCUACUACAUUUAUAUCCAUACCCUAUUUAAAUAGAUAUUCACUGCUCGUUCGAUUUACUAUAUCGUAAAUUCAUAGUUCCUUAGGUAUAUAAUGUUUUCUAUUUUUUCUAUUUCUAUUUAUUCUAAGAUUACCGGUCCUACUUUUAUAGUACCCAAUACCAUUUCUUUUCUAAUACACGAAAAAUACAACUAAUUUUUUCCAGCAUGGUAUAAGCAAGUGUAUGUACAUAUCUAGAUAUAGGUAUCAUAAUUAUUGCCGUAUAGGUAAAUAAGCUAAACUACUAUUCGUCGAAACCGGUGUCAAAAUCUUCAAAUUCACCUUGCGAGUUAUCAAAAGCACAAAAUAUGCACCCUCAAAGUUCUGAAAUUGGCCACCCACUUCAUCCAUUUUCGACGGAAAAACUUUGAAAGCUGGUAUAUGGUAUGAGCUUAUUAUGACUCGCGAAUUCUGAGAGUUCACCUUCGUCUUCGUUUCCACUGUCACCUCUCUUCCCAUUAUGUACAUUUAGUUGCAUCUCACAUUUUUUUUUCUAAGACGCUUCAACUUUAUAUCAGUUGUGCUGGUCGUCUUGUUACCGUGUUACGCCUCUUCAAGCUUGCUUCAUAUUAUAAACCCAAGUUGAACACUUAUUAAACCCAUUCCCAAAGGUACAACCAGUUAUACGGGUUCCGGUAUAAAUUCCCCUUCAAUCGCAAAUGAUGACUUAAUGAAAAUGCUUAUGUCAUUUAAAUCAGAAAAUCUGGCUUCUAAUAAAGCACUAUUCUGUAUCCCAUGCUUCGCAGUUCAAUAGUAUAAGGGACGGUUCAAGUAAAGUUUCCGUUCAGAUAAGUGGUGAGCUUAAAGACGCAAAUAUCAAAUUUCAGGCGGAAUUUGAUACUUUGAAGGAUAAAGUAACCACCUUGGGAAAAAAACAGUUCUCAAGAUGGCCCUUUAGUUUUUCCAUCUUCUAUUGUAGUCAAAAUAUUCCAGGAAACAUUUGAGCAUGAUAGAUAUGAGUCAAAUAUACUAGUUUAUGAUGUGUCCAAAUCAGAGUCUUUAUAUGUACCUCAGUGGAUAUCUGAAGAUACUGAUACCCUCUCAAAGUUAUUACUGCCUCUUGGUAUCUCUCUUCUUUCAAAUGUAAGGAUUAUAUGGCUUGGUACGCAUGAAGCUAGUGUUAUUUGACAUCUAAAGAUUGUUUGUAACAUAAAGAAGAUUCGACUACUAUGCAUUCAUUCUUCAUCAAGGUUAAGAGUGAUGGUGCUGUUAUUCGUGUUGGUUUUAGUCUUGUUCGUGACAAAACCUAGCUUAAACGACAACUAUACUCAAGUCUUGGCACCAAGAACUCGAUCCAGCACCCUAACCAACCUAUCUAUAAGAUCUUCAAUUUUAGAUCCUUAGUUAAUAAUAUACUUAUGAAGAAACAGCAUUUUAACAAGACUUUAGGAAACGUCAUUCUACUAUAACUUGUAACUUGGUAUUUACUAAUUAUGUUUUCUAAAUCGUUGAGCAGCGUUCAUAAAUUGAUGUUUUAUAUUUAUACUUCACAAAAGCAUUUAUUCGGUCAUCCAAUGCUCAUCAAAAUAUUAGAGGAUUGGUGAACCAGUUUAGAAAUUAGCUAACCAAUCGAAAAAACGUUAAUAAAUAGUGAAUAAUUGAGAGCACGACAGUUGGUAGUAGUUGAUUGGUAUCACGUAAAUUUAUCACCAGCGACUUUUCACAUUUUUAUAGUGUCGUAUAGAAUCCAAUAAUCAAACAAUAAUUUAAAAAGACAUAAUUCACAAGUGGAUGAGCCACUGUUGUAGGUGAAAAGGUAAAAGGGAAAUUUAAUUUAUAUCUGUACGCAACAAUUAACCAUUGCUGACGAAAAACAACUCUGAAUAGAUGUCGGUCAGGAAAUUUAAAAUUAAAAUUUUGAAAACGUGUUGAUGCUUCUAAAUGCAAUUGAUGACCUCGCUGGAGAGUUCUUUUUAGAGUUGACACAUUUAUUUUCACCUUAUUUAUUACAGUUUUAACUUCUACUUUCGUGAUACUAGGUACAUGGUUAACGUGAUUUUUUUUAAAAAUGUUCUCAUUAUUGAGAAUGAUAUUUACGCGGCCUCGGCAUUUUUUUUUUAAACGUAUGCAUCUCCAUAUUGUCUUUUGUACUCCAUUUUUUUUUUCAAAACAGUACAUAAAACCUUCAUCAAUUAAUAUAUUUGAUACUCUUCACUUGUAAUAUAUUUUGAAGAUAUUUUAAAUUUUAAAGUUACUAACUGUUAAACGGCGUUUACCGAGUAUUUCGUCUAAGCAUAAUAUACUAUAAUAUACAUUGUUAGUAUAAAAAGUGGAUAUUCUCAUUAUCUUUAUUGUCUAUUAUUUCAGAUAGUAUUAUUUUAUUAAUAUAAAUACUAGGAAAUUAUGUACGACGCUACCAAUUGUCAUACUAUGAAAAGUCGCUCGCGAUAAAUUUAUACGUUAUUAACUGUAUUUGCGCUAUUAAUUAUCCGCUAUCUAUUGACGGGAUACCCUUUGUUAACUAUUAGCUACAUGGACCCUUCUCUUGUUUUUUUAUUAAACGUUUUUCAUAAAUAUUAAAUUCUUUAUUAUUUGUUUGUAUGUUCUUCGUUUUAUAUUUCUGUAUAUAGAAAUGUAUUUGUUCAUAGCCCAUAUAAAUAAAUGAAUUGAAUGUGUAUACCACCAAAUGUUCAAACAUUUGUCUACUGGGUAUACCUAUAACGCAAAUAUACUUCAAAUCAUGGAAUAAUAGAAAAAAGCAGAUAUACUGCUGAUUGCUGAUGGUUGUGCUCAGGGCAGACUGGUUGAGUUACAGACCAACUGGCUACUUUUAUCAGGCCAUUAGAGACAGGCCAAAAACAGAUUGAAGUGACAACACUCCAUUUCCUCAAAUUUGUGGUAAAAUUAAUACUUUUCAAUACAUCGCAAUGCUCACAUCUUUGUAAGACAUUCCGUAUAAAAUUUAUUACAAUUUGUUUAUAAUUUUAAUAGAUACACUAUACCUAAUUUAUUUUUAUUUUUCAGUCUUGGAAUAUUUACUUAUUGAAAUGAAUGGUACGUUAUUAGUCAUUAUUAAUCAAAUCACCACUUAUACUACAAUUUUAUAUUUAUGAAAUUUUAAAAAAAAAUUUAACCGAUUAACCAGCAUAUUCAUACUUGUAUUUUUCUAUUUUUUAGAUUUUUCAGUGGAAACUAUUACAGGUAUUUUAAAUUGUGUUCUAAUUUAUCAUUUUUUACAACUGAUUUAUUUGGGCUUUGAUUUUUGGAAAUUGCAGAAUUCUAAACCUAUAAAUUACCUAUACAAUAUGGCUAUAAUUAUUAAUUAUUAACAAAAAAAUAAAUAAUAAAAUAACAUAAUAAAUAGUAAUAUAUAAAUAUAUAUUUCAUACACUAUUAUAAUAUAUUUUAAUUGGUGUUUCCGAAUUGCGUGCGAAAAUCAUAAUUUAAGUUGAAGGUUUUUUUCAACAUAACUAAUUAUUACAUAUUGUAUUGCAAAAAAUUGCAGUUUAAACUUUUGCGAAAUUUUAUAAUGGUAAAAUUAUAAUGGUCACAUUAUAUGGCCUGCAGAAUUUUAUUUGAUUAGACAGGUACUCGUUAACAAGCCUAAUAAAAAACAAACUGUAGGAAGACCAUUACAACGAUGGAUGGACCUAAUAAAAGAUGACUUAAAGAGAUUAAGGGUUAGAACGAGUAUUGAAGAUGCAUAGGAUUGAGAAGUUUAGAGAGCUUUGGUAGAAACUGCUAGGGGCUAAAUGGCACUAUAAUCCAAGAAAAAAUAAUAAUAAUAAUAAAUACAACUCGUAGGUACAAAAAGAAUGUAUGUAAUUAUACAAUUUACGUAAUAUAUUAUAAAAUUGUUAAAAUCUUUCAAAGACAAAUAAAAAAAUUGUAAUACUUGACAAAUUACAGUUAAAAUUUAUUAAAAUUAUUUGUAAUGAAAUACGGUACGACCGUUUGUGGUAGUGGAUCAUCGAGCUGCCACGUGAUUUCGCGAUACGUCGGACGUCUGUCGGGCGUCGUUAUCGUGUGUUGGUGGUUAUCGAAUAAUUGAUAAUUACGGCGUCCCGUGUGUAUUUAGUAAAAAAGGGUUGGGACUUAAGGAGCAAAAAUACGGUGCAUGUAACGGUUCGUUACAUAUAUUCCAAAUAGAUUAUAAUUUUAUGUUCAUACUGACAUAUAAACAUACUGGAUAUAUUCUCAUUGUUCCACAGCCAAAUGUGGUGUUGAUGUUUGAUUCGCAUUACACAUUUUAAUGUAAAUUUCAGUUAGUACAUUUUUCAAACCCUCCAAAAAUUGAAAAAAAUAUUUGGAUAUAAAUAAAACAUAUUAUUGAGUUUCAAAUAGAACGAUCCACAAGCAUAUUGACGGUGAAAAAUUACAUCUCUGAAAAUACAAUUUUCUUCAAAAAGUUACAAAAAUCAUGGAACCAAUGAUUACCUAUUUAGUAUUAUUUAGCCAUGAGAUCUUCUGAAAAACAUUCUCAGACUUUUUCAUAUUUUAAAAAAAAUAAUUCAAAGAAUAACUUUGAAAAUUUUACAAUUUCUGAUUCCUUUUUAAAAUUUGUUUUUAAAUCAGUGAUUGAAUUUUUCUCCACGUAGUCUGGUUAAAGUGACAACGACAGCUUUUACGAACUACUUUGAAAAAAAUAACAAAAAUUUCCUAGUAUAUCGCUUGUUCGAAAUCAGCGUGAAAUGAAAUGAAAUUUGUAUCAGUUGAUAAUUUAUUUUUAUUUUUGCUAUACAUUACAUCUAUUUUGUUUUUGUUUUUAUCGCAAGCAUUGGAAAUCGUUGAAAAUAGAUUGACAUCUGAAUGUCAAGAUGUCUAAUUAUUGACUGAUUAUCAAAAAUUAUAAAUCGUUGAAUUGUUCACAGUAUACCCAUUCUAAUCAUCAUUCAUUAAUCUAGUAUUAUUCCUUGAAAAAACCCAUAUUACAGUGUAUCAAAUUUAAAAUCAAUAACAGGUCAGUGAAUACUAGUGUCUGUGGAAAAAAAGCUGUGGCACGCAAUUCGAACUUAUAAAAAAUACGCGCACGCAACUUGAUUAUCGAUCGACAUCAUUUUUUUUUCAACACGCAAUUCAGAUGCAGUCAUUUUUCUAUUUAAUAAAUUAUUAACUAACAGUGUUCGAUUUUUAACACUUGUUUUAGAGACUUCCCCCCUCCCUCCACCCGUAAAUCCACCAUUAUAAAUAAACAUAUAUAAUGUAGUAUACAAAUUGUAAAACCUGUUGAUUAUCACAUAUUUUAACAAUCAACAAAUUUCACCGAUAAAAAGAUUCCCAAAUAAAUUAUUAGGUAUUUUAUAAUUGAAAUUUUGAUAGAAUUUAACUUAACAUUUGUUUUGUAUUAUAUGUAAUUUAGAUGAUUGUAGUAAAAUAGAAUCAAUAGAAGCAGGUAAAAUUUGAACUACCAAAAUCAUAACUAAUUUGAAUAGUUCUUAUAAUUUAUUUUACAGUACGCAUUUAUUUUAAUAGCAGCAGAAUUAUAUAAUAUAAUAUACUAAAUAGGAGUAAUAUACAGGUCCAUUAAUUACCUAGUAAUACCUAGUCCAUUUACUAUGAACCCUUUAUUGGAAAAUUUAACUGAAUUUCAAUUUUGCUUUUUGAAUCAUUAUAAAAUCAUUUAAGCUCUAAUUUAAUAUUAUAUUUUAAAUUUUAAAUACCUAAUCCUUAUACUCUAAACGAAUAAAUAUAUUUUUUAUUUUCAAAUAAAUAAUAUAUAUCUUUACUCAACAAUUAACCAUUGCUAAGGAAAAACAAUUCUGAACGGGGUUCAGUUAAGAUUGUUGCUUUGUUCACAAUAAAUAUAUCAUAUUAUGGGAUAAUAAUAACAUUAUGUAUUAUAUAUUUUCGUUAAUAUUAUGUAUUUAAUAUUGUACCUAUUUUCCCGUUUUUCCCGGUUUUUCUCAUGGUUUUUCCCGGUUUUCCCAUUUAUUAUAAAAAUUCUUUAUAAAAUCAAAAAAUAAUCUCCUUAAAGUACCUUCCCAGUCAGAUUUUCUUUAAGAAAAAGUACUAUCAUUGUAAAUUGGAGCGAAAUUUCUGGUAGAAAAGUUGUCCACAAAAUAACAAAAAAUACAAAUGAUGUUUAUGGAUAAUUAUCUUUUAUUCAUGUUUAUAGUAAAUUUAGUUGUCCGAACCCGGCCUUGCUUAUGUAUUUGAACAACCAAACCUUUACAACCAGAUGUUAAUCAAAACAAUUUUAUUUCUUGUACUUAUAUUUCAAAGACAUUGUGUUAUUUUUGAGACAAUCCUAAUUGGAGAAAUAUUGACUUAAAUAUAGCCUAUAAUAUACUCAGAGGUAGUGUAGUUUUAAGAAAUAAUGUUUUCCAUUUAAACCCCUUUUUACCCUUUUUAACUACAUUAUGGGUUGAAUAUUGGAAAAUAAUAUAAUAGAUUGACUAACAAAGUAUGCUAAGUUUUAAAAAAAUCCGACCAAGAAAAACGUUUUCCAUUGUUACUCUUUUUUACCUUUUUAGAGCUAUAUUUUUGGAAAUUCUUCCGUAAUGAAUAAUCUUUAAUUCAUAAACUACUGACUAAAUUUCUUACUUAUAGCUGCAUUGGUUUUAGCUAGAUAUUAUUAAACCAGUCAGUACAUCAGGACAUGAUAUUUUAUAUUAAUAUAUUAUUACAAUAAUUACCUAAUAAAAAUAGAAUUAACUAUUACUAAUGUGAAUGCGUUAAAUGUUUUACAGCAUCAGUUUAAUUGUAUCUAAAAUAGUAAUAAAAUUUUGAUUUUUAAUAAUGUGUAAUUUUAUCAUUUGUAUCUGUUUAGAUUGUCGUCCAUUAUAUGAGAUGUCGUUCAACUUCUUAAAUUUAACAGUACACACAUUUUCAAGUACAGAUGCUGAAACCAAUCCCAUGAGAUUUUUUGACAAAUUAAAUCAAAUAAAGUUCCACCGUUUGUCAUCAAUCUACUUUGUAGAAGUUUUAAUAAACAUGAAAGACUCAAAAGGCUGUACGUAUAUUUGAAUAUAUCUAAUAUUAUAUAAAAGCAAAAAAAAAAAAACGAGUUGAUACUGUUUGUGGGUGAGCCCAGAGCCGGUUAAAGGGCAGUGCAAAGUAUGUGAACGCAUCAAGCUCCGUGCUUAUAGGUAGGCCUCGAUCCAUUCAUUAAUCAUUUUUAUUAAAUUUUGAAAAAAGUUAGCUAGUUUUUAGACUUUAAGAUCGCAUUAUACUUAAAAAAUUACAAUAAUAUACUAUUUAGUAUUAUUAAUCUUUUAAAAAUAAAUGUAUGUGUAUCUAUAAUUUAUUAUAUUAUUUUUAUUUUAUUUAUAUUAAUUAUAACGUCAAUACUGGAAAUUUGGUACAAGAAGAUCUUAGACUAACUAAUAUGAUAUGGAGAGGGUGGCAGCAAUGGGAUAACUUAAAUCUAGGAUAAAAAGUGUAAAGUGACCGGGCUUUUGUGACCAGCAUUUAGUAGACGAAAAGCACAGUAGAAGGAACUAUAAAACCCAUAAAAGGUGUAAUGUUGAGGCACGGGGAACAAUAAAUCGAUUAUAGUGAAGUAAGCAGAUACUUGGAAAGAGAUGGUUGACAGUAGAUCUAGGAAUCGAUGAUCCCGUCAAGAAGAGAAGUGAAUUCGCUCAUUCCCUCGGAUGUAUUGGUGGAUAUUUUUUAGAUUACUAAUAAAAACAUUAAAACGUCAUCCUAUUUACUAAUUAUAAAUAAAUAUACACAAUAUUUUAUAUUUAUAUAUUUUUUCAUAUAAGCAUUGGGGUAUGCCAUACCCUUAUGUAGCCAAUGAACCAAGUGGAUCGAUUUUGUGCUGUACUGCUCAUGGUUGUUAGAUUUAAUAUUUAAGCAAAUUAUCCUAAUAUUAUCAAACAUAAAUGCAAGAAAAUUAUUACCUUUAAGUUGAUAGUAGAUCAAUAUUCAAUCCAUUCUAAUAAAUUUAUCUCGCUAUAUUCAAAUUUACAAUACCGUAUAUGACUUCCUCUUAAAAUAAUAAAUUAGUAGUAUAUUUAUAAGUAAUGGCAAGGAAAAUCUAUUUAUAAUAAAUAAUAUAAUAAAAUAUUAUAACAUUGUUUUAGGUGAUUUGAUUCCAAAAGAUAACAGAAAUUUAUUGAAGGCUGUGUUACCUAUUAAAAAUGAACCGCAAACCAAAUUUGAAAAUGAAUUUUCAAACUUUGUACGAGUAGGUAUUAAAAAGCUAUUACGUUAA